CUCAGCGUCAGUAUCAGCAUAGUAGCAGUAGUAGUACUAGUAAUAAGAAAGGACGCAUUACAGUGUUUGUUUAAUUUAGAUAUAAUAUUAUGUAGCGUAAUUUUGAAUGUGUUAGUUUUUGAUGUUAAUUCAUUACUAUUCCGCAAUAAUCUGCGGUUGAUUCAAUAGAAAACUCAUUGAAUUACCUAUUUGUAAAUAUUCCGUAGUAUUAGCUAGGUAGAUGGAUGCAUCCCCUCUCCAUCACACGUGUUGAAGAUGUGGAGGGAGAAAGCAAAAUACGCAAAAUAAUUACGAUCUGAGCCAAAUUUAGUAAACGGAAUACUUAUUUCAAAUGAUUUGCAUUUUAACGUUGCAACAGUGUAAAUAAUUUAGAUUUUAAACCGCACCAAAGUGAAUAUUUCGAUCUCCAGCAAUGUCCGACCCAUCAAAUGAAGUAACUCUAAAUGCAAUAGAUAUUCUACCAGACGAGUUGAUGAUAAAUAUUUUUAAAUACCUGCCGUUAGAGUCUAUACUAGAAUGUGAAAACGUUUGCAGCCGAUGGAAGACACUUUGUCGAGAUCUCACACUUUGGCGGGGCAUUAUUUUUGUUUUCUCCGGGAAACCAGGACAGACGGAAGUAAGAGAGAAAACCUUGGAAAUCUUAAAAUCUCACCGAGAAUGCAUAAGGUGUCUCAAAAUACAGUAUGUGUACAGUUACCCCGUAAUCAAAUCAAUCAUUGAACAGUGUCCUAAUAUCAUAUCACUGGAACUUGUAAUGUGUCGUAUAGCUAAAGAAUUUGAAGAGGAUAUUACUAAGUGGUCCGACCUGAGAAAGAUUAAUCUUAAGAAUUCAUUAGUUUUAAUGAAUAACGUCGAUGUAUUAGUUCCUUACGGUAAUUUUAAGUAUCUAAACUAUUUAGCUUUGUCAGACUUUGGCUUGCCAGCGGCAACGCGCGAUAGUUUACUUCAGUGCCAUUAUUUAAGCCAUAUUUUUAUAGAAAAAGUUAAAAACCUUACUUUAGACUAUGUGAAGCAGUUGAUAGUUAAUAAGAUGAAGAUUCUUAACGCCCUACAUAUUUACGGGGGUGACGCUGUAGACGACGAAUGCUUAUUAUUGUUGUCGCGAUGUAAUUUGUUGAAAGAUCUUGCUAUAAUACGUUGUGAAAAUCUCACUGAUAAAGGACUUAUCAAACUGGCAGAUUUAAAAAAGACACGACACUUACAAAUUUGGAAUAAUACAGUUUUUAGUGAGGAGAAUCUGAGGAGAACUUUAGCAAGUCCGAAUUUAGUUAAGCUGGAAAGCUUAAGUCUAUCAAGAAUAGAUAAUAUUUCACCUGUGAUAGUUGACGUGAUCUCUGAAUAUUAUAAGAAUCUUAAAUUUCUUGCUGUGUAUCAAUGUCCUAGAAUUAUAAACACUGAUUACGAAAAGCAGUUGAAAUCGAAAUUUCGAAAUAUUGAGGUUGUUUUAUAUUGAUAUGAUAUUGUAGUAUGUAAUAUUAUUUUGUUCAUUAGUAACAAGUUACAUUGUACCUUGAAUUAAAAAUAAAGACUGCAUAAAAACCACAUAAGUAUAAUUCACUGUAUAAAUAAUGGCAUAAUUGUGUCAAAUAAUUGCGAUUUUAAUAAAACAUGACAAAAAUAAGAUGAACUUAUUGGAUAACAUAUCCACUAGUCUUUUGUUGAGACUGAUUACUUUUUAUUGGUAAGUAUUAUUUUAUCAAUACAUACACGAUAAUAUGUAAGUGACCUUAAUGUGCUCAUAUACAAAUAUAUUUUUUCUACAUUACUCAAAUCAAUAUGACUACAACAUCGAUAAUCCAUUCGGUAGUUAAUCUAUGGAAGUUACUUGUUUCUCCUAAAGUGUACUUUAAUACAUUGAUCUAAGAGAUAUUUGUGAUGUUACAUAACAAUACAUUACCAUUAUAUACAAGAAACAAAUGGUUGUUUUAUUUCAUCCUUCACAAAUUUGGUUUCAAGGGUCACAUAAAACAUUAUAUUCAAUACUCUUGUCAGAGUAAGUGUAAACAAAAGUUUGUUUCUAAAACAUUCUUAAAAUACCUUAAGACAUCUAAGAUACAUCUCGACAAGUCACUCAUUUCGCGUCUUACAAAAACACUACAUCACAAUUUUAUGUUAUAUUUCAAACAUAUCACAGCAACCCAAAUAAUUUGGUUCAUUUCCGACAUCCCAUUAUUGACUAUUAAGAAUUCUUGUGUAAACUUUAAUGACACGAUCAAAUGCGACAGAUACACAUUUGUGUAUUUCAUUUACAAUAUUAUUACAGUGCCGAUUAAUUAAGGGCUAAAUACACUAACUUACAAUCUACAAAUGUUUGAUAAGCUCAAAAUUUGUUUUGUUCUAAAUAUUUUACACGAUUUUCUUUUGUACACUGUCAGAUUUUUGGUUUUAUACAGGAACAAGUAAAUAAAUUUAAUCGGUUGACUAAACGCAUGACAGUGUUUAAAUUCCUUUUUAAAAAAUAAUUGAGGUCUAAUAUAAAAUGUUAGCGUAACAAAAUGUGACGAAAGGAAUUCCAUGACAUAAAUACUUUAGCACAUCUGGCUACGAGGUAGUAUAACAGUGAUGUUGAAACGAGAGUAAAUACUUUAUAGACUCCGGUCUUUUUACAAAAGUUUAUAAUCUAAUGAUUCUUGUUCAAAACUUUAAUGCGUAUACAAAAUACAUGAAGAUAUGUCAAAAGAAAAUCUAGAAUUACUAUUUUAGUUUCCAUGCUAAUCACAUCAACAGCUAUACCUACACAAUUUGGAAAUGAAGCACAUAAAAAGUAAACCACAAUAAUUGCAUCCACGAAAUGUCAAGAACAUAAGUAGUAAGAUAUAACCUUAUCGAAGCAUUUACUGCAUUUAAAAUAAAACACAAAACAUUCUUCACGAUAAAUCCAUAGUUUUUAUAUAAAUAUAUUUACAGACACGUAUGAGCGAGGGAAAACAGUUGUAUUAACUUUAGCGACGUAACACUAAACACUAACCGUGAUUUCGGAACAUUUGAUGAGACUACUUAAUUGGAACUCAAUACAAAUUCGCUAUCUAUUCUGGGGCGGGACUAUAAAAUUAAAAGGGGACGGAGAUGUGGUGGAGAUUAUCAUCGCUUGCGUCCACGCAUGAUCUGUAGGGCUUUUGCCAUGAGAGGUGCUUUUUUGGGUUUAAAGGAGGAAGGUGUAGACGAGGGAAUGGGUGCCAGAGCCCGCACGGGGCCAGAGUCCCCGCGUCGUACGUUGGGCGCGGCCGCCAGGGACGCCACCCGCGCAGCCGGACUGCCAGUCGCCAGCCGCGCUGUGCCAUGCUGAGCCUGU